CCAAAGCCACGUCAUAUUUUGUAUGCUUUGUGACUUAGGUGCGUGAAGGAUUUCUCGAUACUCUUAUAAAAAUUACUAUUUAGCAACCGAAAACAUGAACAUAUUUCGACUCUUAGGUGACUUAUCACAUAUUCUUGCGAUUAUCAUCCUUCUUCUCAAAAUAUGGAAGACACGAAGCUGUGCCGGUAUUAGUGGAAAGUCGCAAAUUUUAUUUGCAAUUGUAUAUACCACACGUUACCUAGAUUUGAUAACAACAUAUAUUUCAGCAUAUAAUACAUUUAUGAAAAUCAUUUUUAUUGCCACUUCUUGUGCUACAAUUUUUUUAAUGUAUGUGAAAUUUAAAGCAACAUAUGAUCAUAAUCAUGAUACAUUUAGAAUUGAAUUUUUAAUUUUACCUACAUUGGCAUUGGCAUUAGUAAUCAACCAUGAAUUUACAAUUAUGGAAGUUCUAUGGACAUUCAGCAUUUAUUUGGAAUCUGUAGCAAUAUUGCCACAAUUAUUUUUGGUAUCAAAAACAGGAGAAGCAGAGAGUAUUACCAGUCAUUAUCUUUUCGCUUUGGGAACUUAUAGAGGCCUGUAUUUAUUAAACUGGGUGUAUCGCUAUUAUGCAGAACGUUAUUACGAUGCAAUUGUUAUAAUUGCUGGUUUAGUACAAACUAUUCUUUAUUGUGACUUUUUCUACCUCUAUAUUACCAAAGUAUUGAAAGGCAAGAAGUUACAACUACCUGCUUAGCUACGUAAAACCAUUAUCAUUUGGAAAAUUAUAUGUUGCUCAAAGGAGCGAUAUCAUUAUUAAUUGAAUUUAUAUAAAUUUUGGCAAUAUUUAAAGUGGAGGAAUGCUCGUGUACAAAGUAUACAUUUUAUUAAUUGUAAAGCAUUCCAUCUUCUUGUAUGUUCAA